AUGGGUGAUAACACUCCCACUGACGAGCCCUACUGGCUCGGACGUGCCUCAGAGGAAAUUCAACGUCUCGUGAAACAGCACUUCAUCUGGACCAAAAGCAUCGGCUACCUGAUCCACCCCAUCAUCUCUGCCCGCUUGCCCCCAAACGCCCGAAUUGCAGACAUAGGCACUGGGACUGGCAUCUGGAUGACCGAGGCCGCCAAAGUCUCCCCCUCAACUUACCAGUUCGACGGCUACGACAUCUCCUCCGAUGCUUUUCUUCCCCAAGAGUCCCUUCCCUCCAACGUGACUCUCCAAAUCGGCGACUUCAAGAAGCCCUUCCCCCCAGAGCUUCACGGCAAGUACGACAUGAUCGCCAUCCGCCUCAUCAUCAUCUCCAUGGGCGGCGACGUCUGGCGCCAAACGCUACAGAAUGUCCUCACGUUGCUGAAACCGGGCGGCGCUAUCCAGUGGAUCGAGGGGAAUUUCUUCGUCUCUCGCGGGUUCAGGGGUGCCGGCCCUAUGUCUUCUCCGGGCCAUCAUCUCACGCGCAUCCAGCGACAGCUGAAUUCUACACUGAACCAACGUUUCGGAUUCGACUUCCCCGAUUUUGAGGAACUGUAUGAGGGGCAAGGGCUGCAGGAAGUGGAAGUUGAGGGAGUUUACGGAGAUUGGGAUUGGGGCUGUGAUGGGAGGAUUGGGGAAUUUGGCCAAGGCGGGUGGGGACGGGUAUUGGACUGUGGAGGAGGUAGAGGAGUAUAA